AUGAGAUUCAACACUUCAGCUCUCUUCGCCGUUCUCGGUCUCGCCGCCUAUGUCAAAGCUGACUCUUACGCCAACUUCUUCUCUGACACCGAAUGUAACGUUGAUGGUUCGAUCGGAUUUGACAUGCACAACGAUGGUUGCUUCGUCCAAGCUGGUCGAAAAUCAGUUUACAUCCCCAACACAGGAUUAAUCAACGAUCAAUUCUGUCUCGUCUCCACCCACGCUGAUGGAAGUUGCUCAUGUCAAUCUCAAGCUUACGACUUCACCGCUACUGGAUUCUGUCACGAGUUGGACCCUACCGUCAAAUCUUACCGAUUCAUCCACGAAUCUUGUGGGAGUGAUAACUGUCCUUAA